GGGAAAGUUUGGCUCGGUUGCCUGGAGGCGACACAAAAACCGUGAUAUCACCAAAGCACAGACACUCAAGUGAGAUUUUUUUUUUUGCUAAUAAGGCUGUUUGCGUUGUUUGUUUUAAACGCGAAAAGAGAAUAAAUCCUAAAUCCUGUCCUUGAAUGUCUAGACAAAUAAUAAAACACUUAACAACAACAGCGAUGAUGAUGAUGAUGAUGAUGUUUUGAAUGCAGAGGAAUGGUCAUCAUCUCCAAACCAAAACAUCUGACAUCACACCCAAGGGACUGGAGGCGUCUGUGUCAUCUGAUGGCGUUCUGCUUAGCCGAGCUGAACCUGUGGUCCUCAAGGAGCAGUCUGAAUGUGCAAGAUACAGAUAUUGGCACGUUCCAGUUUUAUGAGAAAGGGGAACCAGUCCUUCCUGCAGAUCAGCAUUACUACAGUGAGAAGCAGCACUUUGCCGAGACACGGGGUUACCCAUGGUUCUUGAGUAACCGGCGUCCGGAGAGGUUGCGGGACACCCUCAAGGAACUGGAGGAGUUGUUACAGUCUAAUUCCUGCGUUUGUACCAAAUGGAGGACGAAACGUUGUUGUCAGAUGCUGUUGAGCUCAGGUGUUCUUGUGACCCUCACUCUAAGUGGAGCUCAGUUAGAGAGAGUGGGCAUCGACAAAACACUUGUGGGACGACUUCCUGCUGACACCAUCAGCCAUGCGGCGAUUGGCGAACGCUUCCUCCUCCUCUCGUUUGUGGAGAAGAGUCAGGUGUGUCAGGUGCACCUGGGGAGGCGGAGCCAGAGUUCACCUGAGCUCUCAGCACGCCGUUUGGAGAAACUCUCGGCUGCUGACAUCAAGGUCUCGUGCUUGGAGCUGGCAGGAGGCGGCGGCCGUCGCACGAGCAGGCGUGUGGCCCUGAACCGUGCGCAGGACAUGGGUGUGUGCUGGUGGCAAGGCGGGCAUGACGAAGUGUGGCCUUGGUCACCAGUUCCCAGUGCCUCAGAGCGGGCCAAUCUGGUACUGCUGGGCUUUUCAGAAAGCCCUGGUCUUAUGGUUCUGAGCUCCAUAUGCACCAGUGGUGAACCUUUGGACUGUUGCUUCAGCCUCACCCAACCCUACCAGAUCCUCACCAUGGAGCUGCACAAAGAGGCCUGUGGCUCUAUUGGAGGGUUACAUGUGGAGCCCAAUCAAUCUAACAUUGAGCCGCGUGAGGAGGCCCAAGUCGCGCAAACAUGUGUGUAUGAGUGUGCUCGUGGACGUCUGCAGCACCUCUCGGCUACAUCUUUACCUCUGUCUUCUGUUCCUGUGUCCUGGUGCCGUGACCCAAGUGAAUGCUGGAUUUUGUUGGGCCUUCAAGACUCCUCUGUGGUUCUGAUCCACAUCAAAACUGGCCUCCAGACUCGUGUCACCUGCCCCAUGCUGCCUUCGGUACUGGCCUGGCACCCAGAUGGGGGCAUGAUUGUAGUGGCUGGGGGUCAGGGUGAGCUGCAGUGCUUUGAUUUGGGACUUAGCCCUCUCCGACUACAGCUCGUGUCCGAGGACAACGUCAGCAGCACAAGUCUGCAGCUGGCCAGGCAUGUGAGAAUACCUGGUGGGUUGGAGAGUGUGGAGUGGGCGCACUCAGCAGUGCCGCAGGGUGCAGAGGGGCUGGAAGUGCACAAUCUCCUGAUGCUCAGGUUCCACAAAGGUCCAGUUGCUGCUCUGAGACUCAGACUAGGUGUAUUAAAUGGAGCUCAGCUGGGUGCGGGUGAACUCCUGCAGCAUCGUCUUCGCUGUGGACAGGUGGACGCUGCACUGGGCAUUCUGGGUAAUAUGGACUGGUGCAUGAUGGGAGCAGACUGCUAUCGUGGUCUCAUUUCAGUGACAGAUCACCUGCUGAGAAAACCUCUGGACGAGCAGACUGAAGCUCAGUUAGAAGCCGCUCUGGGGAUGUUCUACUCUCCCUCCAGAGCCUUAACAGAGACGGUCAUCCUGGAGUAUCGAGACCCGAUCAGCCGCUACGCACGGAGAUUCUUUCAUCACCUUCUCAGGCACCAGCGCUUUGAGAAGGCGUUCCUGCUGGCUCUGGACAUCGGAGCCCGAGACCUUUUCAUGGAUCUCCAUUACGUGGCACGGGACAGCGGGGAGCCUGUGCUGGCCAACGUGGCCCAACGAAAGGCUCAAGAGCUGGAUGCGGAUGAGGUCACGACCUCUGACCCAGAUGAGCCCAAGCCAGCACGGAAUGGAGUGUGUAUCUCGCCCAGUAACACACACACAGAACGGCCCAACUCCAGUAAAGCACACAGGAACGCAAGAGGUGACUCUAAGGAAAAGAUGGACAGGGAGAUGGACGGAGACCUCACCGAGGCAACAGUAAAUCCUGUCAUCUGGCCCUGGAUUCAAACAGAAUUGGCGUGUAUCGACCAUAACGAUCAGGAAUCCAAAGACCCUGGAAAGCUCAAAGUCAUUCAUCUUGGCUUAGUAUAAACCCAGAGUACGAAUUUAUCAUCAUCGUCAUUCAUCACCAUCAUGUGUACUUGUUUAUUAGUUGCAAGAAUGUGUUGUCGAACGAGCUUUGAAAAGGAGAAACUCACGUCUCAGGAAAUCGACCAGUGUUUAUACGUCAGUGUUGGAUAUUUCUUUAAUGAGAGUUGUAGAAAGUAAUGCAAGAUGUUUUUGUAAAAUGGUGUUUCGCAGUUUGUGGAUCUGAGUUCAGUGCCACAAGGAUUUCACAAAUAGAUUUAAAUCUUGGAUUCUGGACGUGUGCUUGUAUAUCAAAAUGAAUUUCCCCAUAAGGAAUAAUGGGGAAACAGCUUUGUUCCACAAAAAAAGUAAAAGAAAAAAAAAAAAAUACCAAAUUGUACUUUCAAACCUUUAAAAAGAAUCGUGGCUGGUGUGAGAAAGACAGGAGAGAGGGUAAGAGGAGGGGAAGGGGUUUUGUGUUGGACAACUUACACACACACACACCAUAACAGAUCUACUGCUCUCUGGCUCACUGGAAACUUUCCUUUCCAUGACUUUAACAGGGAACCUCUGUAGUGACACCUACUCUUGCCUUAUGCGGAUGAUUUUGGAGAAAUGUGACAUUGCCCAUGCGUUGUCAUGGACACUACAAAAAAAAUAUUUUACACCCACUCACGCGGUCACAAUGUUUUAUUAAACAGCACGACUAUACAAGUGACGCACGUGCACUGAGACUGAGCAUGGAAGACGAUUACCCACAAUCCUGCAGCACGAGAGGAAGAAGAACCAUUGACUCAAUUGUGAUCACAUGACGCUCGGCAGACAAAGCGCAUGCAUACUACUCGUAUUUCAAGACCUCGCUCAUUUAUCAUGUUAAAAUUAAUUUUAAAAAUUUGCUCGUCUUGCAAAAACACUCGCAGUCCAAGUUACUCGCAAUCCAAGGCUCCACUGUACAGCAUGUGAUAAUAUAAUUCUGGACUAGAGGUAUUUUCAGAGAUUCGUUA